CUUCCUUAUUGAGCACACUGAAGACUGUAUUCCACUGCUGAAUUGAUUUAAUGCGUUACCGCUGAGGAUGUCGCUACAAGAACAACCUGCUUUUGUCGUAUUGGACACCAAGUUUGUCUGCCUGUCUUGUUUCGCAUAAUACACUUUGAAGUCAAGGCACGAUAACUAUCGAGUUGUAUUGGAAACAUGCCCCUAAAACAUGUCUUAAUUUCGCUGAGUUAGCAAGACGUGGUUAUUACAAUGGUGUUGCAUUUCACCGUGUUAUCCGGGACUUCAUGAUCCAAGGUGGUGAUCCGACUGGUACUGGACGUGGUGGUGCUUCAAUAUACGGUGCCUAUUUUGAAGAUGAGAUUCACCCGGAUCUCAAGCAUACAGGUGCUGGGGUUGUCUCAAUGGCGAAUGCUGGCCCGAAUACUAAUGGCAGCCAGUUUUUCAUCACAUUGGCUCCUACACAGUGGUUAGAUGGGAAGCACACUAUAUUUGGCCGUGUUGCUUCUGGUAUGAAAGUUGUUCAACGUCUAGGAAUGGUUGAUGUGGAUCAAACAGAUAGACCUCGUGAGCUCAUCAAAAUCAAGCGUGCAACCACAACAAACUCAAUAUAAAUUUAGUUUGAACUCCGUUGCAUCUGACAUCCAGAUUUUUGUAAACCCCUUUGUAUAAUACAAAUUUUUUCCGUUA